AUGGCCCGACUUCAGCCGCUGCAGCCGCAACACGCGGAUGCCCCAAGACGUGUGGGCCGUCACGUUUCCUUCGCGGUCUUUGCUGUGUUGCUGACCGUUUGGAAUGGGCCGGCGGCCCUCAGUUGGUUGCUUCCUGCAUCGUCUGGGAAGUCAGCCGUUGCCAAAGAUGAAGCACGAACUUCAGGACCCCGAGGCUCUCGACGAGGUUGGCUAGGUAUCUCCUUGUCAAGUGUACUUGCAUCUCCGGCCACGGCCGAUGAGGCCUGCGCAUGCUGUGAAUUGGACUGGUGUGGCUGUGGCGCAAAAUGCGUCGAUUGCCAUGCCUACCUCUCCUCGAGAGGCUUCUCGCUCCCGGCGGAUGCGUCCAGCGCGGUGCGAAGUCGAGGAAUGUCGGAUUGGGCCGCGGCCGUCGAUUGGCAAAACGCAGAAGCCCCGCAAUGGCGGCCAGUGCAACGAGACCAGGUCGCGGCAGGCCAGUCGAAGCUUCCGGGCGCUGGACGUGGGCUCUUUGCGCGGGAGAGACUGGCGAAGAGGGCGGUGCUCCCACCAUACAAGGGCCAGCUGCAGAACAUCCAAGCGGUGACUCGUGGUGGAGCCUACGUUUGGUGUCCGCAAACUUCGAGCGGUGGUACUGCGGCAGCUUUCUGUAUGGAUGCGGCGGCUGAUGACCCCGAGAAUCCUGCCCGGCUCAUCAACGCGGCUGCCAACGAAGAGCAGUGCAAGCAGGUCAACACGGAGAUCUGCCAGCUGGGAAACGUCCUUUAUUUCCGCACGCUGCAAGAAGUGCCGGCAGGGACAGAAUUGGUGACGGACUAUGGUCGGUUGCUUACUUGA